AUGAAACCGACUGAUUAUCAAAGAUACAUAGACCUUUAUAAGUCGAAGGCCUUAGUUCAUCCUGAUGAUCCAGGUCGUGUCAUGGCUGCUUUAGUUGUAGGUGGUGCCACUCAAGAAAUGA